AUGGGGGAUUACUUUCGAGGUGGUGGUGACGAAGAUGACUACGAGCGCCGCCCCCAGCGCAGACGCUACGAGGACCCGCCUGCCACCCGCAUCCGCAAGACGUUCCUCGCGCUCGCGGAUAGCGCGCUCAAGGCGCCGGAGGAGGAGGUGCUCGCGCUUGCUAGGGACGUUGCUGCGAACCUCGCCGAAGGGGAGAAGGGGGACGCAAAGGGAGCUGGGGAGGUGAGGGAGGUGGUGGUGGAGCUAUGCGUGCAGCUCGUGGUUGAGCAGCCAUUGAAGAUCCCGUUUGUGGCUGCGGUUGUGCUGGUGCUUAAUGCGCUUGUGGGCGGUGGUGGGGAUGGGGAUGCCGGGGGUGUGAGUGUGGCUAAGGAGGUGUUGCUCAAGGUUUGUGAGAGGCUUGGUGGGGCGUUGCUGGGAGGGGACUGGAGGGAGGUGAAGCUCUGUUCGAGGUUCUUGGGUGCGGUGCAGGGGAUGCUGGAGGGCGAGGGAGUUUGGGGUGUGCUGCAAGACUUUCUUGGUAGGGCAGUGGAUCUGCAGACGGGGGAUUGUGAAGAGACGAUUGGCCCCGAGCUGGUCAAGAUCAUCUUGUUGACGAUCCCGUAUGUCAUGGCUUCUUCGGCGACCGAUAACCAGGAGAAGGCGGCUGCCAUGGUCGAGAACACGGACAUCAUUGCUUCGGAACCGCACGUUUUGCAGGCAAUGGUAGACCCGUACCCGGGUAACGGCAAGGAGGAAGCAUCGGUUCCGACGGGUGUGUUGAUGUUGCUGCAGAAACAGUUGCAGCAUGAGGCCGCUACGGGAUGGCAGCUGAGCUGCUUGCCGAGACCGUGGAAGGUGAAGUUCGAGGCCGGAUCCGAAAAUCUGCUGGCUACUGCACCGAAGCAUGCACUUCCGGUCAUCAACAUGCCAGAAAUUGUCGUCAAUGGCCCGCGACCGCUGUUCCCGGACCUGUACUUCUCUGUCUACGCAAACCAGGAUGUCGAGACUGUGGCGCCGACGACCGAUAUCGCGUCGUGCUUGAUACGGGAUGCCAUCGUCGACACCAUCAAUAUCCUCGACUAUAACCGCAAUGCUACGGCCAAGUUCUUGAUCGAUAUCGAUUGCUACUUCGCCCCUGAUACUUUCGUCAAGAGAGCGACGCCGUUCGACAGACUGAGAGAUAUCGAGGGCGAUCGCUCGACGUGGAAGCCAGAAGAUGUUGCCGUCGACGCCGUCUUCUCCCAGCUCUUCCAGCUCCCAUCUCCGGAACACAAGCUCGUCUACUACCACGCGGUCCUCACCGAAGCCUGCAAGAUCGCCCCAGCAGCCAUCGCACCCAGUUUGGGCCGGGCUAUCCGUUACCUCUAUCGCGGCGUUGACUCCAUGGAUCUCGAGCUCAGCUACCGCUUCAUGGACUGGUUUGCGCAUCACUUGAGCAAUUUCGGAUUCACGUGGAAGUGGACCGAGUGGAUUGAUGAUGUCGAGUUGCCGGGUUUGAACCCCAAGAAGGCUUUUAUUGAGGGCGCGCUGGAUAAGGAGAUCCGGUUGAGCUUUGCGCAGCGUAUCAAGGGGACGUUGCCGGCGCCGUAUCAAGCGUUGAUCACCAAGGAGAAGGAGAUGGAUACGCCGGAUUUCAAGUAUGCCCUUCAAGAUACACCCUUCAGUCAAGAAGGCCAGGAAAUUCUCGCUCUCCUGAAGAAGAAAUCCCCCGAAGCAGACAUCCAGCCCAUUAUCGACCGCAUCCACCUACAAGCCCGCUCGCUUGCCCUCCCUGACGAACUCGUCUGCUCCACCGACGCCUACAUGACCUCCAUCUGCUACAUCGGCUCCAAAUCCCUCUCGCAUGUGCUCUCCUGCAUCGAGCGCUGCAAGGACCGCCUCUUGGCACUCGGCCCCGCGUCCCCUGCCGCACGCACCCAGAUCAUCGACUCGGUGAUGCUGUACUGGAAGGACCAGCCUGGAAUCGGCGUCAACAUCGUCGACAAGCUGCUCAACUAUACCAUUCUCUCCCCGGCCUCCGUCGUCGACUGGGCGCUCUCCAACGAGGGGUCUCGUCUCGGUAAAGCCUACGUCUACGAGAUGGUGAGUUCGACGAUCGGCAAAGUCACGAACCGCGUACGUCAAGUCGUGCAAGCGAACCGCGUGCCUGGGCUAUCACCUGAAGCCAAGGCGCUGAUGAGCGAGACCGUGGUGAGGGAGAAGGCUAGUAUGAAGGAGCUGUUUGACCUUAUGGAGCGGGAGCUGGUGGGAUGGGUGCAAGGGAGCAAGGCCGUCGGAGAUGGGGAGGGGGAGAUGGUGAAACAGUGGGGGGAGAGGUGGUUGAGGGUCUUUAGGCGCAAGUUUGCUGUGGAGGAGACGUGGUGCUUGGAAUUCGAGAGUCGGCCAGAGGUCAGACAAGACGGUUUCAAGGCCGAAGGGGGGGUGAGUGCGCAGAAUGGCGCUGGUGCGGGUGCCGAUCCGGAGAUGGCUGUUGACAAUGAUGAGGAGGUUUCGUAG